AUGAACGGAGUCCUCGUAGGCUGUACAUUCGCUUCUUCGUGCGCCGUACUUACUGCCAUUCUUUUUUCCACCUUCCUCUACUCUGACCUCUACUCUUUUCAUAGUGAAGUCGAGUUGGAGCUAUCAGAGUUCAAGGUUUGAAACUUUUUGCGAUUAUAUUAAAAAUUCUUUGUUCGUAGUUCUGAACAUACUAAAGAAAAAUGGAAACCCUUGAAGUUUUAAAAAAAUAUGUUUGAAUUCGUUUGGCUAGUUUUCAAAAUGAUAAAAGAUGCAAAAAUAAAGGCAAUUUUACAAUAAUAUUCAAAAAUUCAGGAUUUUUACAAUGAUGCGUGGCAGUCAAUGACAGCCGACUCGACCGUGUCGACCAAAUCCGUUUUGUCGCCGUUUGGACGCCACAAGCGUCAGGCCUCGGCUUGCAACUGCGGCGAGAAGGCCAAGAACUGCCCUCAAGGUCCCGUGGGACCACCGGGAGAAGCAGGAGAACCAGGCGAAAACGGAGAGCCAGGUAUUCCGAUAAUCUUUAUUUUUUCACCUAGGCAGUUUCUGUAAUGGAAGCGGUGCAGAGAGAAAAAAAAGUCGAUUGUUAGUCAAACUAAAAAUUUAGUUUGGGAACACGAAAAUUUAUGAAAUUUGAAGCAACAUAGCCGUGGUUAGAUUUCGUUUGAGGGGCCGAAAAGGAUUUUAGGUUUUCAUAAGAAUAGUCAUCUUUUUCUACAUUCAUAUAAAUACAUUUAUGUAGUGCCAGCCAUAAGAUUGAUUUUAUUUACUAUAAACGUUCAAUCUCGCUUUUUGCGCGUCGCUUAUCAUGCAUCGCGUGCACUGCGUACAACACAUUUCAUUUUCCGCCGUUAUGGUGGGUGUGGCGUUGAUUUGGUGUCGACAUGUCGCCGUGUUUAUCGUUCCAACUGCUCGAACUUGCAGGCCCUGAUGGAACAAGCGGAAAGCCACCCGUAGAAAAUCCGAACUAUCCUGGCAACGAGAUCAAGUGCCCAGCUGGAGAAGCUGGUCCACCAGGUCCAGAUGGCCCUGCAGGACCCAACGGACCAGAUGGACAAGCGGGAGCCGAUGGAGAGCCUGGUCUUGAUGGAGAAAACGGUCCUGACGGCGAAGAAGGAAACAAAGGUUUCAGCAUCAGGAAGUUUAUCAAACAAAAGAAUUUUCAGGCAAUAAUGGCCCUCCUGGACCACCUGGAAAUGCUGGUCGGCCGGGCCGCGACGGAAAGGUUUGCAUAGGGUUUCAUUUUCGAAUAAAAAAAACAGAUUUAUUACCUUUCCCUCAAGUUUUCCUAAUAAAUGAACCUUCAGAGAGGCAGUGGUGCACCUGGGCCUCCAGGACCUGCUGGAUCUCGUGGCCCCGCUGGAAAACGUGGAGCUGCUGGAAAUCCCGGAGAAGAUGGCAAGGUAACAAGUUUACUAGGUACCAGGAUCCAGGAAUCUUUAGGAUUUCUGCCUUAUGUAUUAUUAGGAGCAGGAAUGCACGAGGUUUUUCGAUCUCGACACGAAAAAAUAUCUUAAGAAGAGACAUUUGUGUCAAAAUAACACUUAAAACAACCGAAAAGCAAAAAGUUCUGAGAAACCUUCUUUUUAUUGAUAGAUAUUACGUAAACUCUGGAUUUAAUGGUAUUUUUUUGGUAUUUUUUUAAAGGUAUUUUUCCGGGCGACUUUCCUAUCGUACGUCAUAUUUCUGUUCUUUCUGUGUACAAAAAUCUUUUUUUAUCUCAAAUUUAAAUGAAACGAAAUUCAAUUUUUUUUUUUUGCAUCAUGAGCUCCUAAUUCUGAACAUACUAAAGAAAAAGGAAUAAACUUUGAAAUUGAAAAAAAAAAGUUUGGAGUAUGCACUAAUGCGUCCAGGUGUUUACACCAUAAGCCCCAUAAUUCACGGAAAAUUUCGACUGACGUACCAAAAAAACGCCGUGCGUGACGAGAUCCACGAGAAAAAAACGAGGAAAGAACAAGAUGAUAAAAAUUUCUAUUCCUUUUAUUAUCUUUGAAAUUUUUUGAAAGAGUUGCGUAUUCGAAGCGAAAUACUCAAUAAAAAUCGAAGGAGAGCAAAAUUGUUUGCUAUUUCAAAUUUUCGAGUUGCAGCCUGGCGAUGAAGGACCAGCUGGAGCACCAGGUCAAAGUGGCCAGCCGGGUUCAGACGGACAUCCUGGAGCGUAAGGAUUCCAUUUCUUCUCCUAUAAGACGAGAAAAAAUUUUCAGAGUCGGAAGCGCGGGCGAGCCAGGAACCGACUCGGGUUAUUGCCCCUGUCCGGCAAGAUCUUCCGCUGUGGAGAAGACCUCCGAUGGAGGCUACAUUGUGCGACGACGCUACGUUCAUGCCAACUGAGAAGUUUAUUCAUAAAGCUGAACAAGAAAACAACAAAGAUGAAAGCACAAAUAAAACAUUCCACCCGUCAGAAAAUGAAAUCAAACAAAAAACGCUAUACACCGAAAACUACUCACACAGAAGCUAAUACCAAAUUGUCUCGAUAUCUUUCGGGAAAAGUUUUCGGCAGAUCCUUUUUCGGUUCUUCCUCGGACUCGUCGGACUCGGCUGGCACCAACAGGAAGAAUAAAGAUCCCAAGGUCAAAACUGCCACGAACAAAACGAUUAUCAGAAGCUUUUCACUGAGACAUAGCUGCGUGAAAGUGAAUACGAGUAACCCCAAAGUGAAGAAAUAGAAGACGAAUAUUUGAAAAAGAAGCAAGGAGCAAUAGUUCGAUUCUUUCAUGGCGUCGACCAGAGAAAUCAGAAUAUUGGUUUUUGUAGUACAAAAGGGCGGCGACUUUCGAGAAUUAGAAGAGACGCCGUGUGCGAGGGACGCCGACUGAACGGGUUGGCGUGUCCAGGAAAUUUUGGCAAAGUUCUGCGUUAUUACGGCUGACCUCGCCGUCACUCGCGCCCAUUUACAGUAGCGUCCAACGCAUUUCCCGCGCAACAAUGCCCAAAAAAAGACAUAGAAUCAGAAAUCGAGGUACUUAGUAACACCAGAGGAGUCCCUGUAGGGGUUAGGGGGGAAGACGACCCUAUAUGAGCCGAAAAAGUGGUCCCUUUAGGGGCAAAAUUAAGGUGGUCCCUAUAGUGGUUUAGGGUCUGAUUCCCUAUAGGGGUCGUACAAUUUUGUUCAGAAAAAGUUAUUUUUUAGUUUUUCCCAUGGAAAUGCUUCUUCGCUCAGAGUUCAUGACGACGCCCCUAUAGGGCACACUAACUAAAACCUCUAGAGGGGCCACUUUUUCAAUCUUUGGAGGCCUCUAUAUGGGCUGGUAAAGUGAUCCCUAGAGAGGAUCCUUCAAGGGCCUCUAAGGCAACCUCUAUAGGGACCACUCUGGAGCUCCUAACAAAGUAUGCAUGCACCUCAAAGGACUCUCUGGAGCUGUUCAAGGCUCAAUAAAUCAGAAAAACACAAGCGAAGCUCCUUUUAUUCGAAAAAUGAAGACCUGAUUUCCACUUACAUUAAAUCAAAAACUCAACAACCCGGUCAAGUGCUGUACUCGAUCAAAUGCAAAAACUAAAGUUAUCGAACUUUGAGCGACUUUUUGAAAGAAAGAUCAAAUAGCAAUCUUGGGCAAAGUCGGAAUGGUGGAUAAAGGCCAUUAAUAGAGAGAGGCUCAAAAAAAAGGCCGCAGAAAGGCAGCAAAAAAGGAACCCUUGUCAUCCUAAAAGGAAAAUUUCGUUCUUCAUUGAGAAAGGAGAUGUUACUCUAUAACUUAUAUAGACUAUAAGGACGAGUCAGUUUUAGCCUUUCUAGCCAACCUUUUAAGAUAGAACCAUAUCUUAGGGACCAAGAAGCGAUUGUGAUCAAGGAUUUGUAGUGUAUGAAAUUUCACACAAAGCCAAGUCUGACUGUAGUAGUAUCUUCGACCUGCUGACCUUCUUGAAAUUUAAAAAAAAAAGAAAAAAUAGCUGACCCUAGAAAGAAAUAUCUGAAAUCUACAACGCAUAGCCUUAGCAUGGUAAAGUCGCAUUAACAUACAUUUUGAGAUACAAAUUUUGAAAUUUCAGAUAAAAAAGGUAAUUUUUUCCAUGUUUUUAUCGAAAAAUAAAUACAACUGGUCACAAAAAAAAAUUACGGAAAGGACAACUACGCAUACAAUUAAUUUUGAGUUAUCAGUGGACGAGAGAGCGAUAACGUUUGAGUUUUCUAUCAACGAGAGCUUAUCAGCACGGUCGGCCGGCUUGCUCAGUAUUUCCCUGCAGCCGAUCCCGAUGGCGUCGCUCUACACGGGAACGCAGGCCUUGAUUGUCUCUCUUGGAUUCGCCGUCCUCGAUGGGAUCGUCAACAUGUUCGGUUUGGCCUGGAACGGCAAGGUGAUCUUUCAACUUUGGUUAUUUUGUAUGAAUUCGAGGCCGCUAGUUCUUUCUGACGUUUGAACGGUAGGUAGGAUCUUAGUAGUUUGGAACUCCACAGUGGUCCCUAUAGGAACCUUACCAGGGAAUGAUCUUUGGACGCAAUGGGACUUCUGAAUGAGACCAGCUUUUCUAGAUGUAGUUUUUCACGCUGAUUCCAAAUCUGGCCUCAAAACUUGCCCAAUACGCCUGUGAAAAAAGUUUUGGACCCUCACGCUUCACCAAACCCUAUAGGGGCCACUAAAGCUUGCAAAAGUGAUCCCUAUAGGGAUUUUAGUUAGUGGCCCUUAUAGGGAAAUGCUAGUCGAUUUUUAUGAAUUCUAGGCGGAGAAAAAAAUUCACUUGUAAAAAAACCAUUUUGAAUAAAGUUGAAUGACUCCUAUAGGGACCACUCAAGCUUUAGGGGCUAAGACCCUAAAACAGGCUAAGGGGUCAUACUCUAAACCCCUAUAGGGACCAACUUGAUUCUACCCCUAUUGGGAUCACUUUUUCGAUUCCUAUAAGGGCCGUUUCUCCUCCUAACCCCUAUAGCGACCAUUUCAAAAUUACUAAGUGAGGAGUCUUUGGGCAUUCACCACCUUCAAAAUCUUCUUUUUCAGCGCUUCUCAACCGAAAACAUCGAGCACUGGUUUGAACUCUCCGACUACAGCUUCCUGAAGAAUCCUGUUGACUUCCUAGUUUGUUUUUUGAAGAAAAUCGUUUGAUUGUAAGAGCUGUUCCACAGGAUCUGUUCAGGUUGUGGCGUUGAUCCGAGACAGCGUCUUGAUAGGCGGCGCAAUCGCAGCCUGGGCCUCUCCGAGUGGAUUUGCCGACGUCGCCGCCAAAAUGGCGUGAGCUUUUCGGAUUCAUGAAAAUAGGACACAUCAAGAAAGUCUGACCAGGGGAUAGUCGCAGUAGGACUUCUGAAUAAGGACAAGUUCACUGAAUGUAGUUUUUACGCUGAUUCCAAAUCUGGGUUCAGAAAAUGUCCCAGCACGCAUGUUCAAGGCGGCCGGUCGUAUUACGGUAAACAAGCAAGGUUUUUCGAGAAUAAAAUGAAAAUUUUUUUACUUUUUGUGACGUAACUUAUCUUGUAACCUCGAGAAAUAGGUCCUUGACAAAUUGCAAAAAAUAAAAAAAAUUUUAAAAUUUUCUGGCUCCGAAACUGACGGCGCAAUAUUGACCGGCCACCGGCCGCCGUUCUAUUGUCUUAAACAUGCGUGGCAGAGGUUCGUGAAUACAUUUAUCGGCUCUCAAAAAUCGAAUUAUUCAGGGCUUUUUUUAAAAAGAGUAUCUUGUUCCUCUGGUAGCAGCAAUUUAAUUAUUUUUUUCUAAAAAGAAUUUUUUGAGCGUAGACAUGAUUUCGGGACAAGAACUUCCAAAAAAUAAGCCCAAUCGAAGACACGGAAAAUUUCGACUUUUGAGGGUUCAUAUCUUUCUUCACAGGCCUCUGCGGCAGUUUUCGAGUCUAAAUUUGGAAUCAGCGUAAAAAACUACAUCUAUUAAACUCGAUCUCAUUCAGAAGUCCCUCUGCUGUAUGCUCCUAACAGUUCAAACAGGGUAAAGUUGUCUUGGAGCGCUUAAUUAAAUAAUUUACCGCCGUCCAAUUUAUAAGGCUUUUCUUGCUCGUUAUUUCUUUGGCUAUCAAACUUAUUUAGAACGGUUAUACUCAUAAAAUUUCAAUAUUCUCAUCAGAAUUCUUGGAAAGAACAAUGGCAAAAGAAGUUUGCGGCAAAAGGAUUCGAACCUUCAUUAUAGGGUCUGCAGGUUGACACGCUAGCCACUGCGCCACGCUCCUAGCUGGCAUGUAGUGGUUGGUGGCGCGGCCAGAUUCCUUCCAAACGGCGUUGCGUUACAUGGUUAAGGAUAAAAUAUUUGAAAAAGCAUAUCUCCAAACUAGAAGUUUGCGCAGAUAGCGACUAUGUGAUAUCGAUUCCCAGUCCAUCAAAGAUUGUUUGAGCGAAAUUAUAGAAAAUUCUUAUUGAAAAUUCUCUUGUUUAGUCGGUUUCUUCCCCAUAGGUUUCGGUAACAAAAUCAAACUUACGUCUCCUCAGAAACGUGGUGUUCGGCGCGAUGCUGGUGAUCGUGGCGUUCGCCCCUUUGAAGCUGCUCGCCUUCUACGAAGACGACGCCGUGCGACUGGCCGUCGGCGACUGGAUCCUCAUGCUCUGGUGCAUCUUCGCCAGUCUCGCCGUCCAGGUCUUGCCUUCCUUCGUGUCUUUCUCGAAUCAAACGAUAUAUUCAGAUGAUUUGGGUGUCUAUUUUCACGAGGGUGACGGAAAAGGCUGCAGGAACCAGCGACGCUCCGCUUUUUGGCGACGGCUCAGAGGAAGAGCGUCUCAGACAGGUUGAAAAUCCCAAAGAUGAAAAGGAAAAUGAUUUUCUUGAAGGAAGAAGAAGAAAAAGCGAAAGCUCAACGAGAAACUUUCCACCUGCUGCUGCGGCUUCUCACCUACAUGGGUCGCCAGUGGAAGUACUACGGAAUGGCGUUCUUCUUCCUUUUCUGCUACUCUCUGAGUGAGACUACAAGAAAAAAAUAUCAGAUUACUGUAGUUUAAAAAAGGUUUUUCGCUUAUAACAUGGAUUUUCGUGUACUUUUUGAGACGUGACUUGUUUAGUUAUAUUGAGAGGAAGAUUCUAAAUAAAUUGCAAUAACGAAAAAAACAAAAAAAGCUAAAAAAAGCGGUCGAUUUUUUUGCUUAAAAAUCUUUCUGUGAACUGGAAACAUUUUUUUGAUUUUUCAAUUUAAUUUGCUGCGUUUUAUUUUUUUAAGUUAAAAUUAAAAUAUAAUUUUAUUAUAAUAUUUUUUUGGGUACUCUUUGAAUUUCAGAACGAUCAAAAAUUCUCAAAAACGCCAUCAUUUAGGUGCGUAAAAUCAUGGGACCAGUCGUUAGUAGCAAAUAUAAUAAUCAUAUGGCGCUCGUGGGGGUCGAACCCAACGCGUCUGCGAUGACGACUCAACGCUUACGCACUGCGCCAAAGUGCAGUCGCCCUCCCUUCUCGCGAAGGCGCGAUAUGUUCCCUCGUAGAGGGCUAGCGUCUGCUCGCUUUCAAAUGAAUUCAAAUGAGAGAUCAGAGCGCUUAUAAAUUACAUCGGCAGUUUAGAGGUUUUCUAGAAGUAGGAGGAGUUAAAAAAACUUACUGGUUAUUUUAUAAUUUAUUCAUUGGAGUUCAUUUCGAAUACAAAAGUUCGCUUUGAAAUUAUGGAAAGGUGCUGGGAAUACAACUUCCAAGCUUGCUGGGGGUCUUCUAACAGGAUGCUAGGAAUUUUCCAUAUUUACUUAUCAUUUACUUCUCAUAGUCUGUGUGUCACGGCUUGAAAUUUCACGGAACGACAUUCCGCUGUUCCGCUGCGCGCGUUCGCGAAGCGUCUUUCAAAUCUAGGUCACGCUUUCAAUUGGUUGUUAUUGCUGUGGGAGCACAUGAAAGUACAGUAUCUUAAUAAAAGAAAAAAAAAAUUAAAAGUGCGGCCAAGGUUCGGAAAGGCGCGCAGCGGCACAGCGGAAUGUCGUUUGGUAAAAUUCCAAGUCGCGGUACACAGACUAUAGCUGCCAUAUACCUUCCAAGCUUCUUCCUGAGUAAAAACUUAAACUAUGCAGGUCGAGUCUUCAUUCCCUACUACACUGGCGAGGUGGUAACAGCGGUUUUCGGAGAACAAGCGUCCUAUGAACGUCUUCACCGGACAGUGCUGGUCAUGGCUUUGUUGUCUCUGGCUUCGUGAGUCCUCUCCAGAAUCUUCAAGAAGAGCCGCUUCAGGACGGUGUUUGGCGGUCUUCGCGGAGGCUCCUUCACCUACGCCCACGCCACCAUCGACCGCCAGAUCCGCAACGACUUGUUCAAAGGCGUCGUUAAGCAGGAAAUCGGCUUCUUUGAUCUCAACAAAACUGGUGCAUUUCCAUUCGAAGAGUUUUUGCAACUGCCUUUCAGGAGAAAUCUGCUCCCGACUCUCCGCCGACUGUCAAACGAUGUCCAACACGCUAUCUCUUUACAUGAACGUCUUGACACGGUUUUGAUUUCAUUCUUCAUGUAAUCCUGGAAGUUGGCAGAAACUUGACGAUGCUCUUCGGCUCGCUGAUCUUCAUGUUCACGCUGUCAUGGAGACUCUCCAUGAUCACUCUCAUCAAUAUCCCCAUCAUCUUCCUUGUCAACAAAAUUUUUGGUGUUUGGUACGAUGUAAGUCCUUCUCGUUGAUACAAGAUCUAUAAACAAUUUCAGAAACUAUCGGAAGAAACACAAAACUCGGUGGCGAAAGCCAACGACGUCGCCGAAGAAGUUAUCUCUUCCAUCCGAACCGUUAAAAGCUUCGCUUGUGAGAAGUUUGAGUCAAGCAGGUAUGUCCUAGAAGUUUUUUGAGAAUGACGAUUAUUUAGAUUUUUGACGUUUCUCGACGUGACGCUCAAAAUUGCCACGCAGAAAGUGUUUGUCGUGAUCGGCUUGAUUUGGUCGAAUGAACUACUCCAAAUGGGCAUCUUGACGGUUGUUCUGUGGUACGGAGGCCAUCUCGUCAUUAAAGGAAAGGUCACGAAAUUCAGUAAUAUGUAUAGAUUGUGUACCACGACUUGGAAUUCCACCAAACGACAUUCCGCUGUGCCGCUGCGUGCCUUUGCGAACCUUGGUCGCGCUUUUAAUUUUUUUUUUUCUUUUAUUAAGGUACUUUACUUUCAUGUGCUCCCACAGCAAUAACAAUUAAUGGAAGCGUGGCCUAUAUUCGAAAGACGCUUUGCGAACGCACGCAGCGGAACAGCGGAAUGUCGUUCCGUGAAAUUUCAACUCGUGGCACAGACUAUAUAAAACCUGUAUGCACCAGGAAGCCUUCAAAAGCAUUUUGCAGGUCGAAUCUGGACUUUUGGUUUCAUUCUUGCUCUACCAGUUCCAGCUCGGCGAGAACCUCCGAGUACGUCAAAUUCACUUCAAUAAUAUAUAAAAAUAAUCAGGAGCUUGGAGAAGUAUGGAACGGACUGAUGCAAGCCGUCGGAGCUUCUAGGAAAGUUUUCGAGUUCAUCGAUCGCCAGCCACUUGUCCAGGUUAGAUUUUGCUCCAUUCUCUCAGAUGCCUCUUUUAGAACCACGGAAACUACAAGCCGGAUGUGUUGGAAGGCCGAAUCGAGUUCCGAAAUGUCAAGUUCAGCUAUCCGGUGCGGCCAGAUCUGACCAUCAUGGAGGUUUUUUUUUGACGGUCUCUUGUCGCAUCUCCUCUUUCGCUGCAGGACCUCUCGUUCGUGGUGAAUCCUGGAGAGGUAGUGGCUCUAGUUGGACCUUCUGGUGGCGGAAAAUCGUCCUGCAUCGCGAUGCUGGAGCACUUCUACGAACCCUUGAGUGGCGACGUUCUUCUGGACGGCGUCCCCAUCCGAGAUUACGACCACAAGUAUUUGCACACCAAAGUACGCAAAGCUUUCCUUUUUUCUCUGGCUACUCUUAUUUUCAGUUGUUUGGGUGCUGCAACAAGAGCGAGUUUUCCAUUUGCGGGGAGUACUGUAUGCGGAAAUGCGCAUUGAGUGCAUACACUUUCGUUGCGUGACGUCAUCGGGUAGGACAUCUCCGGGUUUUUUGUUUCCGAGUUUUUUUUCGAAUAUUUUUCAACUUUUUUUUUUUUUUCAAGAUACGCAUUUUUUUCUCGAUGAUAUUUUGCACGAUAAAAAAAACAGUAUCGAGAAAAAUAAAUUGAAAAAAAUUCGAAAAACUCGGAAACAAAAACCCGGUGAAGUCGCGCAACGAAAGUGUAAACACGCAAAGUGUAUGCACGCAAUGCGCAUAUCCGCAUACAGUACUCCUCGCAAAUGGAAAACUCGCUCUUGUCGUAGCACCGUUUUUUGAUGCAUUAUGAAUGUUUUAAGGUGGCUUUAGUCGGACAGGAGCCCGUUCUUUAUGCGAGAUCCGUGACACAGAACAUUGGUUACGGACUUGAUCGGUUUGACGAUGAUAUGGUCCAGAAGGUUUGUUCAAAUUUUGACUGAUUUUUUUUUUCAUUUUGUGUGAAAUUAUUCUCUAUUCGGAGAAGAUAAAAGAGCGGAAGCAAAAAGAAGCUUAUUGAAUCUCAUGGGGAGAAAUUCGUUGAGCGAAAAGAUUGAUGUGCAGGCGUCAAAAUUAGCCAACGCACACACAUUCAUCAUGGACACGACCGACGGAUACAACACGGACGUCGGCGAGAAAGGCAGUCAAAUGUCGGGUUCGUCCAUUUAACUAUUACUGUUGAGCAUUUUUGCUCGGAACUCAUUAGGAACUCCAGAGUGGUCCCCAUAGGAGCAACCUUAGGGACAACUGGAGAGCCACUCUAGGGACCACUUUACCAACCCCCUAUAGGGGCCACUCAAGCUUGCAAAAAAGUGUUCACUAAAAGGGGUUUUUAGUUAGUGGUUCUAUAGCCGACAUGCUAGUCCAUAAAUUUUAUAAACUCCAUUAAAUGAAAAAAUUGAAUGACCUCUAAAGGGGAGCACUUAAGCUUUAGGGUAUAAGGGUUCAGCCCCUAAACCCCUAUAGGGACCGCCUUAAUUUUUACCCCUAUUGGGACCACAAAAGUGAAGAAAGGCUAGUGAUUUUAAUGAGAAAACAAAUGGAUUUGGAAUACUAUUCAUGUACAAUCAUAGGGGUCCAACCCCUAUAGGGGCCACUAAAGUUUGCGAAAAUGAUCUCUAUAGGGACCAACUGGACUUCCUAAGUAUGUACGAUGCAUAUUUCUUUAGGAGGCCAGAAGCAGAGGAUCGCAAUCGCUCGAGCCUUGGUUCGUCAACCAGUCGUCCUGCUUUUGGACGAGGCCACCUCAGCUCUCGACUCCGAAUCCGAACAUUUAGUGAACCAAACCAUGAGCUUUCCUUUUUUGAAGGAGAUUUUCAGGUUCAAGAAGCCAUCUCCAAGAACUUGAAGGGAAAGACAGUAAUUCUGAUUGCCCAUCGGCUCAGCACGGUCGAGAACGCCGACAAAAUCGUCGUCAUCAACAAGGUUGAUCAUAACGAGAAAUUGAAUAAUUUAUAGAAAAGACCGAUUUUUCAAGGGUAGAGUAGAGCAGAUGGGAACACACAAGGAGCUCAUCGCUCAAGAAGGAAUGUACAAGACUCUUGUUCAACGACAAAUGAUGGGUCAGUUUUUCUUACAGUCCUGUUUGUGGAGCUUUUUUGGUGUCACUCAUGUUUUUGUGGGCUUUUUUUUAAAACUUAAUGUUAAAAUUCUUUAGAUUCCUAGUUCAGCGCAGAAUACAUAGGCAAAGUCGUAAAGGGUGGAAAAAAAGGCCUUUUUUGCUUUUUUUUGCCCCAUUUCUUCGGCUUUUAUGCACCACUCUUUCAUUUUCCACCAUUUCUAGAGCCCUUAAGUUCGCAGAAAAAAUGGAAGGCUCGAUAAAGGGACUCUUUUUGCGGCCUUUCUGUGGCCUUUUCUGAGCCUCUCCCUUUUACCAAAAUCCACCGUUCAGACUUUGCCCGAGUUGCAAUGUAAAACAAAAUUCUCGUUUCUUUUCAAUAAUAUUUUCUGUUUAUAGCAGGUAGCGACGAGUUGGAGGAGGAGGAGGGAAGAGUUGCCGCAAGAGAUGACGCCAGCUCGUUCUGUACGAGGCAGACGGAUCCGCAGUCCAUCACAGUCAGUCUCGCAGUCCUUCUUGGGCACUUCCAUCAACAGCAACUACCUUUAACAGCUCUUUUUUUUGUUUUGUUUGUCUCGCAGAUCGAAUGAAUGCUCUAUAUUUUUUGGGGAACAGCUCUGUUUGCUUGGAGGCUGAAUCAGCAAGGGACGCGAUCUCUCAAGAAUCAAAUCACUCGUCUUCCCUUUUCCGAUGCCUGAAAGGUCGUCCUGCAAGUACGUGCCGUUGACGACGUCCGACCUGGGAUGGCGUCGGUCGAAGGAGCCGCGGAUCGAGCCGCUCGUCGCUCUGGAAGCUCGUCCCAAGGUGCCGUCGCAGAAGAUCUCCGAGCUGAAGACGUGCUGCAAACGCGUCCGCUUCCGAGUCUGA